AUGGACGACAUGACUAUGUUUUCUGGAAAAGGUCUUUUGGCCGUCGAAUGGACGCUUAUUGGCAUUGCGCUCAUCCUCCUCAUCGCACGACUUUACCUACGAAUUCGAUACCUUCAAUCCGGAUUUGUGAUAAGCGAUGUUUUUAUGAUUGCAGCCUUUGUCGCGGCCGCCUCCUUAACAUCCGCCGACACUUGGUUAUAUCACAUGAAAGUGUACAAGCCAGAUGUGGAUUUUCAGAUGAAUCACUGGGAUCCAUCAGUUGAAGAGAAGAUCCAAGUUUACAAGACGUUCUUCAGUUUAUACUUUCCCUUCUAUAUCGAACAAUAUCUCAACAAAGGUACUCUCAUUGCACUGUACUUUGAAAUAUUCGGCCAGCAUAUGGGAAAGACGAGGACCUCUUUAUUUGCUCUUUCGACCUUUUGCAUCAUUGGAUUCAUAACUACUGUGCUGAUGAACUUGUUUUACUGCCGCUUCGGCUGUUACUGGUCACUUGAUAAUCCGUGUGAUGCAAGUUGUGUCGUUGUCAAAGAUAAUGUGGGCUGGGCUUUUCAUUUCGCAAGUGGCCUUCUCAUCUUUGUUCUGCCUCUGGUUUACAUUAAUCGAUUAAAUAUGUCAAAGACACAGAGGAUUAGCACUGGUAUCAUUUUUUGCCUGGGAUUCAUUAACCUCUGCAUCGCCUUGGCCAGGUGGUUCAUCGUCCAAUCGGUGUUCUCACCGAGCCCUUCUCUUCCUUUCGGCGAGGCUCUUGCCGUGUCAGACGCUCACUCAGGGCUGAUAAUCUCCAUUUUACUGUCACUCCGAGCGUAUCUGAGAAUAUUCCGCGGAGAAGACCCCGAGACUCGCCAUGCACGCCUAACCAGUACCAGUACCAGUGCUACGGGCUGCCGCUCCCAAGUAUCAGCUAUCCGUAAAGAGAUCACUACAUGUCAAGAAAUCUCUUAUCUUAGCGUGGACGAGCAGGCGUUUUUUCAAGGGAGAGUUCCCGAUGUGUUUUGUGAUACGAGAUCAAUUAGGACGGUAUCGGUAAAUGGAAAUGCCGUCUGA